AUGCUUGGAAAGUGGUUGAUAACAGAAGCACCCAGACACAUAAAAAGGGUAGAAAUAGUUUUUCCUGUUGUAGGGCACUCUUUUAUUCCACCCGACCACGUGUUUGCUCAAAUAGUGAAAGAUUUAAAAAAACGUGAAGUCAUUUCAUCACCUGAACAAUAUCAAGAAAUCAUAACUCAAUAUUGUAAAAUGACUGCUUUAGAUACAAUUGCAGUACUAGAUUGGAAAUCGGCCUACGCACCAAUUAUCAAACCAACGACUAGCUGGCAUGUACAGUUCCAAAAGUGCAAAAGGUUUUUCUUGACACGUUCCAAAACAAAUAAUUUAUUGCUACAAGGAGAACAGACAUAUAAAAUUGAAAUUAAUGUAAAGAAGCCGAUAACAAAGAAAAAUAAAAGCAUCACUAUAUUGACUCCAGUUGUUAUUCCAGCAAACCAAUUGAUUCCAAAGAAAGCAAAGAUCACCGAUGUUUCAAAUCUAUUUAAAAAAAAACAUUAUAGAAGGCAAUGGAGAGACAUUAAAACAUUAGAGCUUUAUAAAACAGUGAAAGGCCGAAGGUCUUAUGAGCAAAGAGAUAUUGACGAGGAUACAGCAGAGAUACCAAGCGACCUUUGUAAAGACGGCUUUGAUGAUAUCAACCUAAUAGUAUUUUUUAACUUUUUGUGUUUACCUGAUUUCCAAUGUAGAACAACUAACUAG